AUGCUGGAGCCUGGGGGACAUGUGCAUCAGAACGCUGGGCUUCUUGGCUGCCAGGACCGGCUCGAUCUCGAGGAGGCGGCGGGCCUUCACCCGUUGCAUGCCGGAGUCGCUCGGCGCGCCGGGGCUGCGCAAGAGGACUCCUCCGACCCGAAGCCUGACAACAGUGGCCAGGCCUGGGGGACACGUGCAUCGGGCUUGAACGACCGGCGCGAUCUCGAGGAGGUGGUCGCAGAAGCCGACAGGGUGCUGGAGGACAACGGCACGGUGAAAGAGACCAAAGCCGUCUUGCGCCGCUGGAGCAGCACGUGUGACAGUGGUGCGGAGGACUGGCUCGCCAAGAGCCGCGAGGAGGUGGAGGGCUUCAAGAAGGCCCAGGUGUCCAGUUGGGCAGAGGCUGUGCUGAUCGAUGGUGGGCUGGAAGCAGACGACGAGCUCAUCCAGCAAACGGUGACCGCACUGCAGCAGCAGGGCGUCACGGGCAAGUCCCUGCUGGAGCUCACGCUGGAGCAGAUGAUGCAGGAUGGCAUCCCCCGUGGCCCAGCAGUGCUGCUGACCAAGAAGAUCCAGUUGUUGCAGGAGCCCCAGGUUGAGCUCCCUCGUUUUAGCGCCACAGAUCUCUUGGACUUCGAAGACCGCUUUUUGAAUAGCCGAAUCAACAACAAGGAUGAGAGGCCGUUUCUAGAAAGGGAGGCGGUUGUUCGGAGUCUUGUGGAGCAAAUAGAACAGAUCCAAAGGAAUGGGACCAACAAGCCGACGGUCUUGGCCUUGUGGAGCCCAAGGGGCACCGGCAAGACAUCGCUUGUCCGACACCUGGCUUUGAAGGUCCCGAACUUCUCAGAAAGCCGAAGAUGUGGGCGGCUUUUAGUGGUUGAUGCGCGAGAGAUUCCAAAGUCAGCGUUGCAGGAAGCUCCCAGUAGGAUUGCUUCUGCAAUUGUCGUGUGGCACCUGUCACAGUUGCUGUGCGGGUACAGCAUCGAAGUGAGUGGGCUGGUGGUGAGUUUUAGGGGCAUGGACUUCACUGCAGUGCUGGAGGCCCUCAAACGUACAUCGGUACGACGUGAAAUUGAUAUGUGCGACAGCUUCGAAGUUUGGCUUGGCUCAUUUUGUCGAAAGAAGCAGGGCGUCUUCGAGCAGUGGCUGUUGGUGACGGCUGCAGCCUUCAACGCAACACCAGACUGCGCUUGCUUGGUGUUCCUCGAUCAGGCAGAGCUGCUUGUGAAUCAUGAGGUCGAGGGACUGAGCCACCAUGGUGGACAGAAAUCAGCUUUCACCGAAAUAUUUGGCGAAUUCCCGCAGAAGAUGGGCAUGUUUUCGGCAGGCACGGUGAAUAUCUUGACCGAUAGGCCAUCGGAGGAGUACACCUCGCUUAAGGUCCAGGAAGUACCGGCUCUGGCGCCAUUGUCGCUGCAAGCCGCCAGACGGGCCAUGGCAGAGUGGGGAGGCAUGCAAUACAAGAAGAAGGAAUUCGACAACAUUCACCUCUUCUCGGCUGGGGUACCCCGGCUUCUGGAGGCGGCUUUCCAGACCUGGGGUGAGUUGGCAUCAACUGCUCAGGUUGCACUCAAUGCCAUGUCGCAGGAGUUCAGAAGCUCGUAUGCGGAUGCAGCCCCCUACUUCAAUCAGCCAGAAGUGGCUUUGGCGUUGGUUCUUUGCUCGGCGGUUCGAUGGCCUGCAGAAGGCCACCAGCUUGUGCCCGGAACCUCAGUGAGGUGGUCAGACAUCUUCAGGGCCGGAGCAGCAUUUCCAAACAACAAGUCCGUACUGGUUCCACGGCUGUGGUGGUGUGAGGAUACCAAUAUCAAAGACGCCAUCCGAAACGAUUUGAAAGAGCUGAACAUUGACCUGGAGGGGCUCCUGCCAGAUUCCUUGCAGUUGCUCAACAGCCCAACAAGGGGUGCCACUGAAAGGGGGGAGAAGUGGGAAGAGCUGGUUGCAAAUUCCCUGGCAGCGCGGUUCCGCCUUCACUGCAUAGCAAGAAACCUGAUUGCUGAAGUCACCUGGGUCCCUUUUUUGAAGAUCUACCCUACGGAGGAUCCACAUUUGCGAGCUGUUUUGGAGCCUUUCGAAGUUUGCUGGAGUGAUGGUGUGGAACAUCCAAGCGGCCAAGGCAAUGAAGCAACUGUCAUGAGUGACGUUGGGAAGGCCAUCAAGUCCAACCGGAAUUUUGCAACGGCUCACCACGACCUUUUGAUCCCCGUGAGAUGCAAGGCAACUGGUAAGCUCGAGUUCAUUGCUGCGCAAUGUCGUUAUGAACAGAAAAAGGAUGCAGACGGCCUGAAGUUGCAGGACAAGGCGAAGAAGGACAACUUUGAGGAAAUGCAAAAUGUGUUGCUGCAGAUUUGCAGUGAGUCUGAAGGCUGGCAGUCCUUUACAAACAAGACAUGGGCCAGACGUCAGGAGGAGAAGAAAUACUCUCUCAUGAGUUGCGAGACUAUCAUUGCGCAGCUGGACGUGCUGAGGCUUUUGUGA